AUGCUGGCGUGUAAGCGCGCUACUGGUGUUUUUUUUUUACAGUGGAGCUUUUGGUGGCCUCGUAGUAUUUCUUCUUUUGCUGAUUUUUAUUUUUUAACAAUAAACUUUUUGUUUUUAUUUUAUUUACAAAUAUGGAUUUUUUAUAUAAUAUUUUAUGUUAUAUUAAUCCCUAUGUUAAAAUACAAUCGAAUAAUUUUUAAAGAGAAGAAAUUUUCAACUUUAUGUAUUUACAACACAUUUUCUGCUGAAUUUAAACUCGACAACAAAAAAAAGUGUUUAAAAAAAGAGCAAAAAAAUUUCGUAUUGUUGAAGAAACGAGAAAAUUUAAAUUUAAACUAG